AACAAAAUUACCCUAAUAAGGGAACACGAACAAUAUACCUAAACCAACAAUUAGAAGGAAUUUUGGAUUGUAGUGAGUAUAAAAACUUAUACAAAAUAUAUAUUUCUACCUCAGUAGAUAGAAAUAAAUUUGAGAUAAUAAAGGGUUCUUGUGAGAGUUGGGAAAAAGGAAAAAAAUAUGAAACCAAAAUAAUCCCUUGUUCUCUUGCCCAAGAUUAUUUAGAUAAAAAUUAUCCUAAAAUGGAACUUGU